AAACCCACCACGGUUUUGCAUAUAAAUACUCACCACCGAACCCAAAUUCCCUCCAAGUUCCAAGCUUUCAACUUACAAAUGGGCUGGACACGUGGCAGAAUCAUCGGCCGUGGCUCCACCGCAACCGUCUCCGUCGCCACAGAUAAUCACUCCGGUCGCGUCUUUGCAGUUAAGUCCUCUGAGCUGUCUCAAUCGGAAUCUCUUAGAAGGGAACAGAGCAUUCUCUCGACGUUAAGCUGCCCUCAAAUUGUAGCAUAUAAAGGGUGUGACAUUUCGUUCGAAAACGGUAAGCUUUUAUACAAUCUAUUCAUGGAAUAUGCACUAAACGGCACCGUCACGGAUGCAAUUCAAAGGCACGGCGGUGGCCUCGACGAGGCAACGGUUCGAUCCUACACUCGUGGGAUUCUAUCGGGGCUCGAGUUUCUUCACGUUAAUGGAAUCGUGCAUUGCGACAUCAAAGGCCGGAAUAUUUUGCUCACCGACGAUGGGGUGAAAGUCGCCGACCUGGGUUGCGCUAGGAUAGCCGACGGGUCGAUCUCCGGUACGCCUCUUUACAUGGCGCCGGAGGUGGCGCGUGGUGAGCAACAAGGAUUUGCCGCUGACGUAUGGGCACUCGGGUGUACGGUCAUCGAGAUGGUAACCGGAACAACGCCUUGGCAGGAUUUCGGCGACGACGACCCUUUAUCGGCCUUGUACAGAAUCGGAUUUUCAAGCGACGUGCCCGAAAUUCCCAUUAAUAUUUCGAAGCAGGGGAAGGAUUUUUUAAGCAAGUGUUUGAAGAGAGACCCUGGUAAAAGAUGGUUUGCAACUGAACUUCUCAAACAUGAUUUUGUUAAGGAAUCGAAUUUUGCAGUGAAAGGAACAGAUGGGUCACCAUUGGAGACACCCACCAGUGUUUUGAAUAAGCAAUUAUGGGGCACCACGGAAGAAGAGUUUGAUACAGUUCAUAGAAAACCAUGCUUGCCCACCAAGUGCUUGAUGAAAAGGUUGCAGCUAUUGGUUGAAGACAAUGUUGUUUUCCCUUCGAAAAUGCCCGACUGGGAUUUGGAUGAAGAUUGGUUAACUGUUAGAAGCAGUGGAAGUAACAAUGUGGAUGAAGCGACAAGUAUGUGUGGGAGCGUGGGGCAUGAUUAUGACUUGGGGAUUGAUUACUAUGAUUUAUCAGAGAUUAGUGGGCAAAAAAGUACUAAUUCUACUCGUAAUGUUGUUGAGAGUAGGUUUAAAAUGAGGUCAAUUAUUGCAUGUAAAUAUGCGACUUAUAACUCUAAUAAUAUGUGCUUGCUUGAUGCUUUUUUAAUACUGUCAAAUUAUGGCUUGGAUCCCUUUACUAUUCUCAAAUUCUAG